UUUUUUCGGUAAUGUCCCCAACAAUGUAAUAUGUACGUGACACACACACACACACACACACACACACACACACACAGACACAGACACACAGACACACACACACACACACACACACCAUUCGGUUCUCAAAUGACAUCUCUAGCCUCCGGUUGACCUCCUCAGGCUUUUCUGUAUUAUGUUGCAUUUGCUAUUAUUAUUUUUAGCUUUUUACUAUUCUGGAGAGUUUAAUCCAAAACUAUACUUCAUACCUAGACAGUGCCAUUGCUGCAGUACGGCAGUGUGCUGAACGUGCGUGUGUGCGUUUGCGCGUGUGUGUGCGCGUUUGCGCGUGUGUGCGCGUUUGCGCGUGUGUGCGCGUUUGCGCGUGUGUGUGCGUUUGCGUGUGUGUGUGCGUUUGCGCGUGUGCACACAUGCUUGCGUGUUGCAGUUAUGCAGAGCAGCUGGUGCUGUACAUGAAGGCGGCAGAGCUGCUGGCAUCAGGGCUGCAGGCCGCCAUGGAGGGAGUCCGGCUCAACAAGCUCUUCCCCUCGUCUGCCGUCAAGCAAGUGGUGAAGAAGCUGAACGAGCUGUACAAGUCCAGCGUGUCGUCCUGCCGCUGCCUGAGCAUGCGUCUGCAGCCGUUCUUCGUGCACAAGCAGCGGCUGAUGGAUCGCAUCAACAGCAUUGCAGCGGAGAAACUCAUCUACAGCCAUGCUGUGCACAUGCCCCCUCCCCCAAGCACCAUCACCAAAGGCUAA